GAUGGCACCAAAUCGUGAAAUGAACGGGCUGAGCCUGUCGGAACUGUGCUGCCUAUUCUGUUGUCCUCCCUUGCCCGGAAGAAUCGCAUCGAAACUGGCUUUUCUGCCCCCGGAAGCCACCUACUCCUUCGUGCCGGACGAAACUGGCUCGAAAUACACGCUCGAGUUGACAGAGAGAGCUGAAUGGCAGUACUCUCUCCGAGAACUCGAAACCACCGAAGUGUUCUAUACGAGGACAUCCAGAGGGAAUCGGAUGGCUUGCAUGCACGUUCGAUGCUCGCCGAACGCACGUUUCACGAUACUUUUCUCGCACGGGAACGCUAUCGACCUCGGGCAGAUGUCCUCAUUCUACCUGGGCUUAGGAACAAGAAUCAACUGUAACAUCUUCUCAUAUGACUAUUCCGGCUACGGCGUCUCGACUGGGAAACCGUCGGAGAAGAAUCUUUACGCCGACAUCGACGCCGCGUGGCAAGCUCUUCGAACGAGGUAUGGCAUAUCUCCCGAGAACAUAAUUCUGUACGGACAGUCGAUAGGAACUGUACCUACGGUGGAUCUCGCAAGUCGUUAUGAGGUCGGAGCUGUUGUCCUGCAUUCCCCGUUGAUGUCAGGAAUGCGAGUGGCUUUUCCUCAGACGAAACGGACGUGGUUCUUCGAUGCAUUCCCAUCAAUAGAUAAAAUCCCAAAGAUAUCGUCUCCGGUUCUCGUCAUACACGGCACGGAAGACGAGGUCAUAGACUUUAGCCAUGGACUCGCCAUUUACGAACAGUGUCCACGUCCCGUGGAACCUCUAUGGGUCGAGGGAGCCGGUCACAACGACGUUGAACUCUACUCUCAGUACCUGGAUCGUUUGAAACGUUUCAUAACCGUGGAAUUGACAACUUAGGCCCAUAGCUGACUGGUGUCUGAUCGGAAUGAUCCUCUCAAUGUUCAGCCGUGGAGCGUUUGUGCAAUCACCACAGCGUAAACGAACAAACUUAAGAUGAACCGACAAAUAAUAGCUCUAAUUGACAGCAGGUGGAGGAAACGCAGCAUCGAACGCUGCGCCACUGGAUUUCCUGUGAAAACUCAAUGAUCAGCCACAAUUGAUCCAGACGUGAGGUCGAUUAUAUGCGAGAGCAUUGAAUGCGACUUGGUGAUUGAGCGAAUUCUAUCCAUCUCCCUCUGAGAACCUUUGGCUAGAUUGGCUCCGUCUGAUCUAGAGGUGAGCGGUUCGGGAGGAUACAGAAGCGAAUGGUGGUCACAGAUGGCGGCGAAAACAACAACAGCAACUUUAUUCACAAUACAUGCAUGUCGAUAUUAUUGCAAGGAGGAGGUUGAGAGAUUCGAAUGGUGUAGAGAGGGAAGUAUCCAUUAUCUUCUCGUAUGGGGCGCGAUGUUGGUUCUCUGAGCUAUAUUUAUGUGUAAAUAACGAUUGUGGAACACUGCAAAUGGGUACGCCGAAGUAUAUCAUUUCCAAUGCUCGCUGAACAGUUCCAUCGGAUUACUCUGCGGAUGAUCAAACGAUCGAUGAGCGGUGUUCUGGCUCGGUACCUUGAUACCUAGGUUUCAAAGAUGUGUACAAAGUUCGGUUUCUUCUCGAUCUGCCGGUCUCUCUCCGUUUGAGCACGUAGAGCGGAGACAGAAAAUACGUAAAGUAGUUAAUUGCCCAGUGGCAGCGACUAAGCGUGCGGAUUUUCCGUGAAAUUCCUUCCGGCCGUCGUUUCGCCGCAAGUCAUCGUCGGAAGAAGGGAACCAUUGUCUCCGUUUGCGGAUCGUAUUGCGGUCGGAGCAAGUGGAAAAAUCAAUGUGGAUGGUCCACUCCAGCUGGAUGCUCGAUCGAGAAAACUUCCCUAGGUUGUCGCACGAACACUCCUCGUUCCUCUUCGAGUAAGCUCACGAAACGGCAUAAGUGAUUCCGAAUCAAUUGUCAAUAAAAAUU